CACAACUCCUCCACUCAGGACAUGAGACUGGAGCUGCUGCUCACCCUGCUCCUCUCUGCAUCGGAUUAAAGCGCAGAACCUGAGAGAUACAAGGGGACAUCUUCAUUUAGAACAGAGCUGCAGCAAUGCCUUGUGUUGAGACGCAGUAUGGAGCUCUGCCUUACGACACAGAUUACUUCAGCCCCGACUUCCUGAAUCCCGGAUUCUCCGCCAAGGUGGGCAUGGACCUCAGCGGCCCGCCGGAGCAGCUGACCCCGCCCCUGCUGCCUGGCAUCGGCACUCUGGUGGGAAACCAGGCUGCAGAACUCGACACCUUCUCCUGCCAGUUCACCGCCUCUGUCUCCGCAAACGCGAGCCUGACCGGCAGCACCUCCCACCUGCCUUUGGCUGACAGUUCCAGCCCACGUGACCAGCAGUCGCCCUUCAGGCUGGAUGAUGUCCAGGUCUUCGGGUGCUACCCGGGCACCUUCUCCCUCGGCUACCUGGACGAGACGCUAUCCUCCUGCGGCUCAGACUAUUACGGCAGCCCCCUGUCGGCUGCCGCCUCGCCCUCCACCCCAGGGUUUCAGACCCCGUCUGCUGCCACCUGGGAUGCCGCCUCCUUCAGCCCCUUCCCCGCCUCGUCCGGUGCCGGGUGCUGGGUGUCAGAGGUCAACUCUCUGCCUCAACAGCCCACCUACUUCACCUUUAACACCCACCUGGAGCAGCCGUCGCCUGCCGGGGACCACCAGCUGCCCGCCAGAGAGGAGGGUGCUUUUGGGCAGCUCUCUCAGAUUCACCACACCUCUCCUCUGCACUUCCAGACCCCGGAGUUUGACCACAGGUGUUUGGACAGUCCGGCUCUGAAAGUGGAGAGGAGCGUACCUCACACCUCCCCGAAAACCCGCAGCGCCAACGAGGGGCACUGUGCGGUGUGUGGCGACAGCGCAUCCUGCCAGCACUACGGGGUACGCACCUGCGAGGGGUGCAAAGGGUUCUUUAAGCGAACUGUCCAGAAGAACGCUAAAUACGUCUGCCUCGCCAACAAGGACUGCCCUGUGGACAAGCGGCGGCGCAACCGGUGCCAGUUCUGCCGUUUCCAGAAGUGCCUCGCCGUGGGAAUGGUCAAAGAAGUGGUGCGUACAGACAGUCUGAAAGGUCGAAGAGGUCGUCUGCCUUCGAAGCCUAAGAGCGUUCCGGACAGCGCUCAGCCUGUAAACAUCACUGCAGCUCUGGUUCGGGCUCAUAUCGAUUCCAGUCCUGCACUGGGAAAACUGGACUACUCCAAGUACCAGGAGGAUGUGAGCGGCCUGUCUGAAAAAGAAGACGCCAACGACAUCAAACUGUUCUAUGAGCUUCUGACCGGGACCAUGGAGGUUCUGCAGAAAUGGGCAGAGGCGAUUCCCGGGUUCAGCUUCUUCUGCAGGGAGGAUCAGGAGCUCCUGCUAGAGUCCGCCUUCGUGGAGCUCUUCAUCCUCAGAUUAGCCUACAGAUCUCAUCCAGACGAGCAGAAGCUGAUCUUCUGUAACGGGCUGGUGCUGCACCGGCUGCAGUGUGUACGGGGAUUUGGAGACUGGAUUGACUCCAUCAUGGAUUUCUCCAACAGCCUCCAUCGCAUGAGUCUGGAUGUCACAUCCUUCUGCUGCCUGGCGGCUCUCGUCAUCAUCACAGAUCGCCACGGCCUAAAGGAACCAAAACGUGUGGAGGAGCUUCAGAACCGCCUCAUUUCCUGCCUGAGAGAUCACAUGAACAGUGGCAGCAUCAGUGGCAGUAGUGGCGGUAGCAUAGAGCACAGCCGACCUCCGCCUAACCUGUCCCGUCUGCUGGGGAAGCUGCCCGAGCUGAGGACUCUGUGCACUCAGGGCAUGCAGCGGAUCUUCUACCUGAAGCUGGAGGACCUGGUGCCCCCGCCCCCUAUUGUGGAGAAAAUCUUCAUGGAUACUCUUCCAUUCUAAAACUAAAGACUGGGAUUUCUUACUGGAGAUCUGUGUUAAGGUGGAGGACGGAGAAGAUCCGACGGGGAGAAUCAGACCGCGGGCGACACAACUGCAGGGCACAGGGUGGUUCUGCUGUACCCUGGAAAAAAGACUCUUUCUGAGAUAAAGACCUGUGUUAGUCUGAUAAAAAGACUCUCUCUGAGAUGAAGACACUGCCAUUCUUUUAGAAUAUACUCGGCUGGUGUCUGUCUGUGGUCUAGAUAUGAAACUAAUCCUUCCUCCCAACCUCCUUUAUCCUCACAUCAAGUUCAAGUUUCAAGUUUAUUGUUUUACAUUUGUACAAAAUUAGAGGGCAUUUCAUUUGUUCAUUUUUGUCGUUUUGUUUUAAUGGCUAAUUGUUUGUGUGUGUUUGUUUUUGGUAUGAAUAAUUGCUAUGCAAAAAAUACAUUUAUAUAUUCUGUGAAUGCUACUCACUUAGAUUUUUAAGGUACGCCAGAAUUUUCUACAAAAAUUGCCUAUUUUGUAAACGUGACGUUGAUUCAGGAUUCAUACGUUUCCCAAACGAGCAAAGAAAAGAAAUCAGAUCUGAAACCAAAUCUGAAUUCUGUUUCAGUUAAAUCGACAGUGUGCACGGUACUGACUGACUGGAACAAAUACAGAUAUCACUUUAUAACAUUAACACUUUAUGUCCAAAUGUUUGUGGACACCACCUCUUUUUAUUAAAAUCAACUGCAUUAAAGUAAACUUAUUUCUGUAUACCUGCUAAUAUAGUCUAUAUCAUGUACACUAUUGUACUGCAUUCUGCAAAUGCACACACACACACACACACACACACACACACAUACACACAAUGAACCUCUUGGCACUGUGUCCAAUGCCAGGGGAUAUCAUAAUAUUAGGUAAUAGCUUUGAGAUUAAUGGAGUCAAAUCAAAUCUUCACAGCAAAGUUUUAGACUGUCAUGCAAAGCUUUUCUCUGAGAGUGGAGACUUUUAUUGCAGCAAAGAAGGAAAAACACUAUUCUUAAUUAAGUUGAUUUUGGAAAAAGAAAACUGGAUAAACAGGUGUCUACAAACUUUUGGCCACAUAGUAUAAAACAGCUAGCAUUAACAGAGAGAUAUUAUACAGUUUAAUAAUAUGUUUUUACAUUUCAAUGCAGUCCCACAUCACCACUACAGAUAUGAGACUGUAUGUGAGGAAUGUAAUGGAAUAACUACUAAACUUGGUGCAUUAAAAUUAUAAUUUUAAUAUUUAUUUUUAAUAUAAAUUUCCAAUAUUAAUGACCUACUGAACACUGAACUGUGUGUGAAUAGUGCCUUAUAUAGAUCAUAUAAUGUACCACUUAUUUUUAAUAAGUUGACUUACUUGUAAAACCUCAAUCAGUAUUUGAAACUGUGCUUAGAUUCACUGCUGAAUGCAGUUGAAUAAUUUCCACUGUUAUUUGUUCCAGUUGAUGAAAGUUGUGUAUUUGGAGAUAUGAAAACAGGUUUGAAAUAUUUUCGAUUUUUAUAUUUCGAUUUUAUCGUGUAAUACUUUCUCUAACAUAUAUGAUGUUAAAAUUAAAUAUAAUAUAUUUUUAUUUCUCUAAAAUCCAAAUAUAUUAACUUACACCCAGUGGUAAUAACUCCAAUUCCAAUUUUUCUUAAACAUUUCCACAUAAAAUUAGAUUUCUAAGGUAAAAACAGAAGAACACUGGCACUGCAUUGUACUGUACUUUUCGUUUGUUUCGUUCGUUGGUUUGUUUAUUUUGUUGUUUUUGCAUACACUGAUAUUUAAACUGGACAUGUAUGAAAAUGUCUAAACAUGAGCAGCUAUGGCACUUCAGGCAGCAUUCUUAAAAAAGGGAUAUUUUUUUGUUUCGAUUGAUUGAUUAAAAGUCUGUUUCUGUUUAUAGA